GACAAUUCCCAUCAUUGUCAAAAAGGAAGGAGGAAAAAGAAAACCUCUAAUGGUGAGGCACAACUGUAGCCCAAAGCAAAUACAAUUAAAUAAAAUAAAACAUCACAUGUCUAGAUCUGUCUUUACUAUAUUUUGGUCUGUAUAAUUGAACUGUUCUUUCCCUCGUUCUGCAUAUGCAAUUGCACAGCAUCCUCAAUCCUAUUCAUAAUCCAAAGACAAUUUUCAUUCUUUUUAUUUUUCAUUUUUUCUUUCAUAUAAACCUCAUAAAAUCUUGGGUUCCACACAAAGUUCAAUUCCACCUUCAUCUUCUUGUCUUCUCCCUGCACACUUUUCCAUACAAAUCUUAAGCUAAGCUUUCACUAAACCCAACACCAUUCAAUCUCUCUCUCUCACACUGUACCCAGAUCUUAAUUCUCUGUUCUUUGUCCCUUAAGCUCUUUUUUAUGUCAUACAUAGUCUUUCUACUCUAAUCUAAUAGGGAUUACUAUUCGCUACAAAUGGAUAGCAACAGUUUGCUGAAACUCAUUCUUGGGCUAACUUCGGCUACGAUUUUCAUCAGUCUCAUGGUCGUCAUCUUUCUUUACUUCAAAAACAGGGCAAGAAAUGACUCCAUUGACGUAGAGAGCCCUGAACUCAAGCAUGGGGAUGAGAAAGAAAUGGAGGACUUGUUGACAUUUCAAGGUGGGCAAGACCUCACAAUCAGUGACAUUCUUGAUGCUCCAGGAGAGGUGAUAGGAAAAUCCAACUAUGGUACCUUGUACAAGGCCUUAUUGCACAGGAGCAACUGUGUGAGGCUGCUUAGGUUCUUGAGGCCAGUUUGCAUUGCAAGGGCUAAAGAUUUUGAGGAGGCGAUACAGCUGCUGGGCAGCAUUAGACAUCCUAAUUUAGUCCCUCUUGUGGGGUUCUAUGCAGGGCCGAGAGGUGAAAAGCUUCUUGUUCACCCCUUCUUCAGACGUGGCAGUAUGGCUCAGUUCAUCAGAGAUGGGAAUGCUGACUCUCACAAAUGGACCAUCAUUUAUAGGAUAUCUCUUGGUAUAGCCAAAGGAUUGGAUCAUCUUCACACAGGAUUACAGAAGCCUGUAAUUCAUGGGAAUCUCAAGUCAAAAAACAUAUUGUUGGAUCGCAAUUACCAGCCAUACAUAUCAGAUUUUGGCCUGCACCUUCUCUUGAAUCCUACUGCUGGACAAGAAAUGCUUGAAGCUUCUGCAGCUGAUGGAUACAAAGCUCCUGAGCUUAUCAAAAUGAAAGAUGCAAGUGAGCUGACUGAUAUAUACAGCCUUGGGAUAAUCUUGCUUGAACUACUUUCAGGGAAGGAGCCAAUUAGUGAGAAUCCGACCCCUAACGAUGAUUUUCAUCUGCCAAAUUUCAUGAGAAAUGCAGUCCUUGAUCGGAGAAUCACAGAUUUAUACCAUCCAGAUAUACUUCUUAGCAAUCAUAAUGAUAAUGAAGGACCUGUUACUGAGGAAUGUGUGCUCAAGUUCUUUCAGCUUGCCAUGGCUUGUUGUUCUCCUUCUCCUUCUCUUAGACCAACCAUUAGGCAAGUACUGUGGAAGCUUGAAGAAAUUGGUAGAUAGUGACAUCUUAUCUGUCUGUGGGAAGCUGCACUGGGUUCUGUUGGUACGUCAUUGUGCAGUUAAUUAGGGGCUAAAUUUUUUCCCUUAGAAUUUCUAAAAGUGUUGCUUGAUGAUGGAGCAGUGACGAAAAUGACAACAUUGACCUUGUGCAGGGAGAGCAAAAUUGCUUAAUUUUGGCUACUUAACAAUAAUUGUUGAAAUGGUGAAACAUACUUUAUGGAGAAGGUUCCAACCAAGCCAGGAUUGAUACUGAUUUGAAGCUGAAGUUGCACGCUUCAACCAUCCAACAAGAACAGUGCAAUUGUGAUUGACAUUGUCGGAUUUUUGAGAAUUCUUUAUUGCCAAAAGUAUCAGUAACAAAAGACUCUGGAUCUUAUAUGGUCCCAGCUUUGUUCUGUACAGGCAUAUAAGGUUUAUUAGAAACAGCCAAUUAUGAAAAGUGCUGGUGUUUCUUUCAGCUGCCUGAUAUACACCUGUAAACACGUUUGGGCCAUUUCUGAAAGAUAAAGUGAGAUGAUUCAGCAUUUGGAUUGUUGUUUGUUCUCUGUUAAUAAGGCCAAACAGGCAAGUUCCCAAACCUCCCCGGCAUCCUAUGGCUUCUUCCUCUUGAGCCUUGACCUUACAGUGAGGCCAUUCUGCAGUUCUGGAUAAUGGCGCUCCUUUUUGUUUUUUCUUCUUUUUUUGCUUAAAUUGAUGACAUCUCACUGUCACACACACACACACACACACACAAACUUGUGGAUUGUUGAAAACACACACAAAAGAAAAAAAAUCUAUAGAAGAAGAUGAUUGAUUAGUUUAAUUUCGAUUUUAUGUAUUAGACAAUAUCUAUUAAAUUCCAACAAGUAAAGAGAAACUCUCCACAUUAGAGAUUGCCAACACAAAUCUAUCAUCAAACACAAGCAAGGCUCUCAAUGUAUUUAUAAGCAUGACAAUGUCCAAAAGUAUAGGCAUCCUCAGGCUUGUAAUUCGGAGCAAAAUCACAAAGUUUCCUAAAACUUCCAUCCUUCAAAUUAUACCUUAUAAAUUUUGCAGGUAUGUGCAGCACCAAAUACUCCCCUUUGUGGGUUUCUUCCCUUUCAAUUCCUAUUACUUGAAAAGCAUAAUAAUUCAACUCCGAAGGAUCAAGGUAGGGUCUGAUCAUCCCAGGAAAUGCACUCACAACGCUCUCAAGAUUAACACAGUACUUAACUGACCAUCCUGAGUAGUCCCUCUCCAUCUCGCACACAUUGAAUUUCGUAGAGGGUGCACUGUGAAUCUCAACCAGGCGCAAAUGUCCUCUAGACUCGCCAAAAUAUGUUACCAUUCUCCUAUAACAAGCAUCUCGCAUUGGAGGCAUUGGCAUUUCUUUCACUUUUUCUUCCCCAAUAUCAAAACGUAUUGAUGAACCUGAAUCUGUAUACCAGUUGAUAGAAUUAUUCCAGAAAACCCCUCCAUGAAAUCCAAUAUUGAAGGGCAGAGUGAAAGUCGCUGUUGAUAAGACCCCCCACCUGCCAGUUUCCGCUGAGUAAAUCUGUAUUCUGUAUACUGAUUGUGAAAUGUGGCAACUAUGUACGCAGAUUACUUUGUAGUAAGGUGAUUUUCUCGGAUCAAAAGCUAAAUAAAGGUCAUAAAUUUUACCAA